CCCAAAAAGUUUUAAUUUCAAAGAGAAAGUGCGUUCGUGCGGUAGCCAAAACCAAACAAAAAAGUGCACAGCCCUCGAAGGACUAUAAACAACCAACAACCAACAACAACAAGUGCAAAAACAAACAACAACAAACCCAAAAACCCAAAAAGCAAAAAUGGCAAACAAUAAAGUUAUUUUCGGUGUCUUGUGUUUGGUCACACUGGCCGCAGCCCUUCCGGCCGAGGAGACGCGCGGCCAUGCCCGCAACGCAAUCGGCGGCGAGAACGACAUUAUGGAUAGCAUCUACAGCGACUGCCUGAGGAAGGAUUCGGUGUCGUGCGUCAAGUACAAGCUGUUCAACUUCGUGGACAAGGUGCUCGGUGCCCGCGACCAGUUCGCCCUCACCGAGGGUGUGACCGUUGUCCGAUCCGCUGAUGCCCCAGCGCAGGAGGCCGCUCGCUCCAUCUCCGGCGACGAGUCGUUCGAGUCCCUGGCCCUCAACCGCAUCAGCAGCUUCCUGAACUCGCACACCAUCAAGGUUGAGCUGAAGGGCGCCGAUAUUGUCCAGGCCGUCAGCUCCACCGGACGCGCCCUCGAGGAUGCCUCCGAGUCUCUGUUCGGCAGCAACGACCCCAACGCCCCCGAGGAGAGCCGUGGCAAGAAGAAGAAGGCCGCCAAGAUCCUUGGCCCCAUUCUGGCUCUGGUUGCCCUGAAGGCCGCCGCCCUUCUGCCCCUGCUGCUUGGUGCCAUCGCUCUGAUUGCCGGCAAGGCCCUGCUCAUCGGUAAGAUCGCUCUGGUGCUGUCCGCCGUGAUCGGCCUGAAGAAGCUGCUCUCCCAGGAGAAGCACGUCACCUACGAGGUGGUCGCCCAUCCCCAUCACAGCAGCAGCCACUCGGCCAGCCACGACGCAUACGGCAGCGGCUACAGCGCCGAUGCGGGCGGCGCCUCCUCUGCUUCGUACGGCAGCAGCGGCCAUGGUGGCUGGGGACGCUCCAUCGAUGCCCAGGAUCUGGCCUAUGGCGCCCAGAAGCCCCAGGCCUAAGUCAGCGAGAACAACAACCUGAAGCAACCAACCACAACCACAAUCAACAACCAUAUUCACAAGAAGAAGAACAUCACAAAAACGACUUGAGCCACGGCGCUCGUAAGAGACUCUUGAAUAGGAGAAACAUAUUAU